AUGACUAAGCCGAUUAAUGUGCUGAAUGAAAGGACGCUUAAAGGAACAUUUUUUGGGAACUACAAACCUAGGACAGACUUUCCCUUUGUUGUGGACAUGUACAUGAACAAGGUAGAGAAGUUCAUAACUCAUCGAGUUCCUUUCUCCGAGAUCAACAAAGCCUUUGAUUACAUGGUGAUGGGGGAAGGAUUGCGAUGCAUCAUUAGCAUGGAAGAGUAG